GUUUCUCUUGUCAUAUCCGAUCUGAAGUCUCGUUCUUGUUCUCGUUGUUGUUCGCUUCUUCAAACUAGGGUGUCGAUUUUUGUGAUAGGUUUUUGAAGAUUUAAGGAUGUUUGGAAGGGCACCGAAGAAGAGCGACAGCAGCAGGUACUAUGAAAUCCUCGGAAUCUCCAAUAACGCUUCUCAGGAAGAUGUGAAGAAGGCUUACAAGAAACUCGCCAUUAAGGCUCAUCCCGACAAGGGUGGUGAUCCCGAGAAGUUCAAAGAGAUUGGAGAAGCUUAUCAGGUUCUGGCGGACCCUGAAAAGCGUGAGAUAUAUGAUCAAUAUGGUGAAGAUGCUCUUAAGGAAGGAAUGGGUGGUGGGGGUGGUGGCCCUGACCCAUUUGAUAUAUUCCAGUCUUUCUUUGGUGGGAGUCCAUUUUCAUCAGGUGGUAGUAGUAGAGGACGAAGGCAGAGACGUGGAGAAGAUGUUGUUCACCCUCUCAAGGUCUCUUUGGACGAUCUUUACCUUGGGACAUCCAAGAAGCUCUCCCUCUCUAGAAAUGUUAUAUGCUCAAAGUGCAGUGGCAAAGGUUCUAAGUCUGGAGUUGCCCCGAGCUGUGUUGCUUGUCAAGGAACUGGUAUGAAGGUUUCUAUAAGACAGAUUGGUCCCGGUAUGAUUCAGCAAAUGCAGCAUCCUUGCAAUGAGUGUAAAGGUACUGGAGAAACUAUCAGUGACAGAGACCGCUGCCCGCUGUGCAAGGGAGAGAAAGUUGUCCAAGAGAAGAAAGUACUUGAAGUUGUUGUUGAGAAGGGAAUGCAGAAUGGGCAGAAAAUUACAUUCCCUGGUGAAGCUGAUGAAGCGCCAGACACAAUUACUGGGGAUAUUGUUUUUGUGCUUCAGCAGAAGGAACAUCCCAAGUUUAGAAGAAAGGGUGAAGAUCUUUUUGUAGAGCAUAAUUUGUCCCUUACUGAGGCUUUAUGUGGCUUCCAAUUUGUGCUGACCCACUUUGAUGGCCGGCAGCUCCUUAUCAAAUCAAACCCUGGGGAAGUUGUCAAGCCUGAUUCAUACAAGGCUAUUAAUGAUGAGGGAAUGCCGAUGUACCAGAGGCCAUUCAUGAAGGGGAAGCUUUACAUUCACUUUACUGUGGAAUUCCCUGAUUCUCUAAAUCCUGAUCAGGUCAAGGCUUUUGAGGCUGUUCUGCCAGCAAAGCUUUCAUCACAGUUGACAGAAAUGGAGCUGGACGAAUGUGAGGAAACUACACUUCAUGAUGUCAAUAUGGAGGAAGAGUCAAGGAGGAAGAAGCAGCAAGCUCAGCAGGAGGCAUAUGAGGAUGAUGAUGACGAUGAUGAUAUGCCUGGUGGUGCACAAAGGGUACAGUGCGCCCAGCAGUAGUGACUUCUGUUGCAGAAGUGGAAUCAGGGGCGUGUUAAUGAUGAUGAAUGAUAAUGCUGAUGUUUGACCGAAGUGUGGACUCAACAUAACUAGUGUUUGAUCGUGUCUUAGGUUUUUUUGAGAGAGCGAACGGUGUACUUGUUGCUUCUUAAGUCGAAGGGUUUCCUUCCUGACUUCCUAAAUACUUACCUAGAUACUUUGGUAAUUUUUCUAUAACAUGUCUUAGCUAUUUAAAUGGAAUUGCUUUAUUUGUUUGC